UUAUCAGUAAUGGCGGAGCUAAAUUCAAGGAAGGACGUGCCGAACGAUAUCGAAGGCAACUAUGCCGAUUCCAAAGAACAAGUUUACCUCGAAGAGACCUUUUACAUCCUUUCCAAGAAGAACGCAGUGUUCCGGGUGAGACUAACGUCGAAAGGAUUGUCACUAUCAAAGGAAACCGAUGGAAACUCAAAGGAACAGACGAUAUUAUUGCGCGAUAUCAUCGGCAGCAAGUGCAUGAGGAGCAAGCGGCGCCGCCCCGGGGCUGGCUCCUGUGUGUGUAGCUCGCUCGUGUCGCACCAGCUCAAGGUGGUGGACGAGAACAGCGGCGAUCUGGACGAGAACGACGUCAGCGCCUACCUGUACGUUUACGCUUACAUUCUCAAACAGAACAGGCGCGCGUCGAAACGAGAAAGAACGACCAUAACAUUGCGCUUCAGAUCCUUCGACAAGUACGAAGACAACAACAAGGAAGCGCAGAAGUGGCGGACGACGAUAAAGUGUUUAAUCGCGGGACAGUCGGUCUCACACGUGCCGCCCGUCGCUGAGAAAAAGCUGUUGAUUCUGUUGAACCCUAAAUCAGGGCCGGGCAAGGCGCGCGAGCUGUUCCAGACUAAAGUGGCUCCUAUUCUCCAGGAGGCGGAGGUUCCCUACGAUCUGCAUGUUACGAAGUAUGCGAACUACGCCCGGGAGUUUGUCCGCACGAGGAAUGUUUAUGCGUGGAGAGGCAUCGUGGCGGUGGGCGGGGACGGGGUGCUGUUCGAGGUGAUCAACGGCAUGUUCGAGCGGCUGGACUGGCAGCAGGCCCUCGCCGAGGUCCCACUAGCCGCCCUGCCCUGUGGCUCCGGCAACGGCCUCGCCAGAUCUAUUUGCCAUUUAUACAACGAGCCAUACAUUCCUCAGAACCUGACAGGAAUGAGCAUGGCACUGGCGAGGGGCAAGGCAGCCCCCAUGGACGUCGUGCGAAUAGAAACUAAAAGUAAUAUAAUGUUCUCGUUCCUAUCUGUCGGCUGGGGCCUCCUGUCCGACAUCGACAUCGAGAGCGAGCGCCUCCGAGCUAUCGGCGGCCAGCGCUUCACCGUGUGGGCCAUCGCGAGACUUCUCAGCCUGCGCAAGUACAAAGGAGUCGUCAGCUACUGCAAGAUCAAGGACAUCAGCAACAUUCCCAAACCUAAACAGCCGUUGUUGCUGAGCCAUAGUGUAAGCCACGACGGCGCGUUGGAUUCCCCCGAUGCAGAGGCGUUUAUAGACUGCGAUGAGAACACUGAUGUCUUCACGACGGUCAAUGGUAAGCGGCAUCAGAGAGUAGACUCGUGGUACUCUGUGAACUCGCGGCGAAGCGCGUUCUUUAGCACGCGAGGGUCAGAGUACCACAGUGUCACUAGUAGUACAUCAGAGAUGAGGUCGCCAACCCAUGCGUGUAUGCACGGACCGGCACCCCGACUUCCGGCGCUAGUGUCACAACUCCCCUCGCAUUGGGUGCAUCUGGAGGGUGAAUUCGUGAUGGUCCACAUCGCCUACCAGUCGUUCAUAGGCGAGGACUUCCUGUUCGCCCCGCGCGCGCAGCUCUCCGACGGCAUCAUCUGGAUGCUCAUAAUCAAGGCCGGCAUCUCCCGCUCUCAGUUAUUCUCGUUCCUGCUAAGCAUAACCAGCGGAGGGCACGCGGAUAUCGAGACGGAAUACAUAAAGAUGGUUCCGGUGAGUGCGUUUAGAAUAGUCCCCGAGGGGACGUCCGGGACGCUCACGGUUGAUGGCGAGCAAGUCGAGUACGGACCUAUUCAGGGAGAGAUCUUCCCCGAUAUAGUCAACUUGCUAGUUCCGGAUAUUCAGUAGCACAGGCCUGAAACGCCCUUGCCUAGCGGAAGUGCGUGCAAUAAUUGAUGUUGUCUUUUGUCUGUCGCAAAGGUCGAGCUGUAUAAAGUUUUUUAACCACAGUUUUGCGACAUUUAUUCAAGAAUGUUGUAGUGAAUUGGGCGUUUGUAGCCAUACUUAUAAGCCAGUUAUGGCCAAAAUGGGUAUGGAAUGUGAUAGAGUAAUAGGAAACGGCUAGUCAAAUCAAAACUACCUAAUUAACGUUAAUGUAUCUACCUAGUGCCAAAUGUUAUGGAUUUCGCACUUUUAAAACUUGCAUUUUCGAUUUUUGAAAAACCGAUACGCUCAAAAUAAGAGCAAUGUAAAAGGAUUUACAGAUUGUAACAGAUGUGUGUAAGGUUGGAAGGUAUUACACGAAUAUCACUAAAUGAUUCUUACUCGUGUUGAGGCAAUAAAGCAGUGAUGUACCUUCGUAAAGGUAUUUAAUAAUUACGUAUUGUUUUGUUAUAAUUAGUAAAAUUUAACUUGCCUAUAAUUAUUACUACUAUUAGUUAAUAUAUUUCUUCAUACCUAGAUAGUAUAACCUACUAAAAAGGGAUUGGGAACUUAAUAUGAAAUGUUAAUGUUUAAUUUUAUAUAACUUUCUGUGAUAAUAAUUAUUCUGCCAUAUCAUUUUAACAUUUUGCGGAUUUUGAUUCCAAAGUUAUAAACCCCAGGGAAGGCCUGAAUAAUAAGGGAUUAUUUUUUUCUGCUAUCCCACAAAGUAAUGUAAGGCAAAUUAGAAAUUAAUUAUUGAAAUAUCUACUUAAUUUAAAAUUAUUACCUACCAUAUUCUACUUUAAAAAAUAUAUAAUUGCUAUUUAAAAUGUUACAUACAGACUAGGUUUUUUUAUGGAUUGGGGAUUUUUAUUGAAAUAAUAGUAUAAUCCAACUGCUAAGUAUUGUCCAAUAUACUUGUAUUGUUAAGAAAUAAUUAUAAAGCCACAACAAUAAUUAAUUCACGUGGUAUUUUCCUAGUUUUAAUGUAAAUAUAAAAUUUUAUUGUAUGUAAGGUUUUACCAAUUUCUAAUGCAUUUAAAGUCUGUGUGAAUGCAUUUUCUAUAGGAAUAAAAAAACUGUGGUGGUUGUGACGAUUAUUGAUUGAAGUUAUGUAAAGCUCUAUUGGGUCUGUAAAAUAAAUAAUUAAAACUUAAAUGGGCAUUGUUGCAAUCACCAUGCACAAUAUAGUAAGCUCGUUUUUAAUCUUUGUGUGCAAAGAAUACCUACCCACUUACAAUGGCUUACAAACUACAUUUGAUAUACUUUGGAAACUUGCAAACACAAGACUCUUUCAAUAAUAAAUUAUUAAUACAUUGAUAGCUGGCCUAGAAUUGUAUAUUUUUCUAUUCCUGUUAAUGUUCUUGGAAUUGCUAGCAUCUUAGAUUUUAAAUUAUAAAUAUGAGGUGCACAAAAUGUUAAUACAUUCCUUAGACAGUUGUCUACAAUAAGAGUACAAGUUAUAUGAAAUAGUUGGAAAUAUUUUUACAAGAUCACUUAGUAUUAUUUAUAACUUGAUCACAUUUGGAUGUGGAUUACAGAUAUUAUUCAUGUAUGGACCAUUGUUAUUACUUUAUAGGAUAUUCAAAUGAAUUGAUAUCAUCUGAACAUGUCAUAAAAGAUAAAUGGCUGUAUGAUUUUUAAAAUUCCAAAUUGUUUGAUAAAUUUUUAAGUAUAUUAUUUUAACAUUCCAUUUUUUUUUGUAAUGUAAUUUUUUAAUUUAUCAUAAAUACUAAGAAGUCUAUAUUGUGGUUACUUGAAUUGUGAGUUUACAAAAUUGUUGCUGAUAAAUAAAUAUAUUAUUAAAGUUUU